CAGAAGGAAUGGCCAGCUGGUCACUACCUCCAAAAGAACAGGGGUUAAAAAAAAAACAAAUAUAUUAUUAUUCUGUUGCAAAUAAAUAAAUAAUUGAAUUAAUUUGAUCGAUCGAUCAAUGAAAAUCUGAUGAUCUGCAGGUGGUUAGGGUUGGGUUUAUUGUAUGAAUGAAACAAUUAAGAAAUGGAGAUGGAGUAUGUGAGUGAAUUCCCUCACAAUUACAUGGAUCGUCGUCCCAGAAAGAGGCCCAAAUUAGCAGCAGCUUGGGAUAUCCCUCCUCAACUUCAACCUCACACUCACACCAAGAAUGCAAAUGCAAGGGAACAUUUUGCGAUUACUAUUUGUUUAGUGGAGAAUGAACAAAUGCCUGUGUGUAGGCUCAGUCAGGAUUGUAUUAUGGGCAAGUGGUUGGAAAUGGGACAAGCAUUGGAUCAUCAAGGAUGCUCCCCGACCAUGCCAGUCUUUUUGUAAAGGGAUUAGCACAAAAAGGCUCUCCCCCAUGGCGAGGCGAUGACAAAGACGGACAUUAUGUAUUUGCUCUUGGAGAGAAUUUAACAUCCCGCUGUAAUUACACUUAAUCACCAUUGCAGAGGCUUUUGCAUUUUUAUUAUGUCUUGCUAUGUUGCACGCUGAGUUUCAUGCACCUCAUUGCCUGUUGUUACUUAAUAAUAGUUUGUUCCUUUGCAUUAGUUACUUUUUCAAUUUUUAGUUUUAUUUUUCUAAUAGGGUGCUGAGUUUUAAAUCACAAAGGAUUUUAAAGAGCAUUGCUGUGGCCUUUGUUGUUUUCUUUUUCUUCGAUUUUUUAUUUAUACUUUUGAGUUAAAAGUUUUUUGUGUCCUCAGUUAUCUACUCUGUUCUGCAAAACUAGAUCUCAUUGUCCCCUCCAAAUCAGAUAUUGCCAACUAGUGAUCUACCAGAUAAUUAGAAUUAAUUGACACCCACUCAAGAUUUAUUCAUUAUUACCUUUCAUUAUUUCCACCUCAUGCUCUGGGUGUCGAAAAGUCUGUCUAAUUAGAUAAAAGCCUUGAAGUAUAUUGGUUUUGUUUCAUGGGUCUUGAUCUAGUUUGAUUUUUAUUUUGUGAAUUUUCCUUCUGUGUUUUUUUUCAUCUACUUGCAGAUAAGAUUCACAGAAAGAUUGGUGAAGGUUAGUAUUCUUGUUUCUUUUGAAAGAAAUUCUACUAGCUUUUAGAACUGAUACCGUUCUCUUCUCAUGUCUUUCUAUCUACAAGUAGUAUCUUUUUUCCACUUAGAGUGCAUUCUGAAUCCUUUUGAUUUCACAGGCACUUUUGGUCAGGUUUUGGAAUGCUGGGAUAGGGAAACAAGAGAGAUGGUUGCUGUAAAAGUUGUGCGAAGUACUAAGAAAUAUCGUGAUGCAGCCAUGUUAGAAGUUGAUGUGCUCCAAUUGCUUGGAAAAUAUGAUAGAAAUGGCUGUCGUCAUGCAUGAUAUGCGCCUCAUCCACACUGACUUGAAGCCAGAAAACAUACUUUGUGUUUCUUCAGAAUAUAUAAAAAUACCAGAUUAUAAGUCACACACUGAGGGGACCUUUUACAAGAGGUUGCCAAAGUCAAGUGCUAUUAAGGUUAUUGAUUUUGGCAGCACAGCUUAUGGCCAUCAAGAUCACAAGUACAUUGUCUCUACCCGGCAUUAUCGUGCUCCGGAGGUUAUUCUUGGACUUGGAUGGAGUUAUCCAUGCGACAUAUGGAGUGUUGGUUGUAUAUUGGUUGAACUUUGCUCGGGAGAAGCAUUGUUUCAGACACACGAAAACUUGGAGCACUUGGCCAUGAUGGAAAGAGUUUUAGGCCCAUUACCUCAGCACAUGUUAAAAAGAGUAGACCUGCAGGCUGAGAAGUACGUUAGAAGGGGUAGGUUGGACUGGCCAGAUGGUGCAAUGUCUCGGGAAAGCAUUAAAGCUACUAUGAAGCUACCUCGCCUUCAGAACUUAGUAAUGCAGCAUGUUGAUCACUCUGCUGGAGAUAUCAUUGAUCUCUUGCAAGGCCUCCUUAGACAUGACCCUGCGAAUAGACUAACAGCUCAUGAAGCCCUCUGGCACCCUUUCUUCACAAGGCACAGAAGAUUUUGAGUGGAGAGUUCAAUAAUACUCUCUUAUGUUGAUAUUGGAAAUGAUUUAUUAAGCGAAAGGGUGGAGCUGGCUGAUGUGGGUUCCUGGAUUGCUUUCAAUUACCAUGUUACUGUAUUUCUUGACUUUGUGAGAGAGUGGGUGGCUUAGCCUGGAUUUCUGAGCUGCUUGUGCAAUUUUCCUUUAAAAUUGAGCAUUUGUACAUAGCCAACCUGUAAUCAGGAGAGGCAUUCUCGAAGUCCCAAGUUUUGUCCUCGGAGUAGUUUUGUAGCAGUUUUUUCUUCUUUUUUCCAAAGACUGAUUUGCCUUGACAAGUACCUCAGUGUUGUAAUUUAUUUUUUGUCCACCUUGGUGUUGUACAAGGGAGGAAUAUUAUCACAGAAAUUGUUGAAACAAGGCUUUUUUCAUUGCA